AAUAGGAAUGGAUACGAGCAAUUGAGACUGAGAAGGGGGUAUUUAAGAAGAACAGAGAGAGUUUCGGUGAGUCACCGAAAGGAGAGAAAAACGAAAGGUCCAAAAUGUACGGGUCAAACAAAUCCCGCGAUAUCGGGAAACCCAUAAAUGAACAAGCGGCUUAUCUGAUCAGAGAUUGUAUUAUGAUUUGCUCUCCGCCACUCCGCAAUUAAAAUCAUUUACCUAAGGUAACUGACUCUGACUCUCUUCUGAAGUCACCUUUGACUACAAUUGUUCCACCCCACUCGUGGCCGUCCCAGCACCUUGCAAAAGAAAAAUAUUCCCACUCCCCAGGAUGGCUUUCUCACUCGCUACUCGCCGGGUUUUGAGUCCCGUCAAGACACUGCGCAUCUCCACCCGGGCCUUCUCGAGCCAUCCGGUUCUCCGCAGUGCCGACGACAAACCCGCCUUCGCAUUUGGACGCGGCCCAGCUCCUCCCCGUCUACCCAAGGAAGAACAAGAGAUCUUCGAAGAACUUCAAAAGAAAUCUACUGGCGCCUUCAGUACCCCACGGACGACCCCCCAAAUUAACCAGUCACCCCACUCCGAACCGGCCAACGAAAAUCCCGAGUUUAAGGCAUCAGGAAACGGGGAGGAACUUCACCCAGAUCUGCGAGGCGGCCUUCAGCCUGAAUUUGAGGGCGAACAGAAUCCUAAGACAGGUGAGGUCGGUGGGCCGAAGAACGAGCCACUGCGUUGGGGUGCUGAGGGUGACUGGAGCUAUGGAGGUCGCGUCACUGAUUUUUAGGUGGCGGAGGUGAUAUAUCGUAUCGAUGCGUUGUCGGCGAAGAAUUAGUUGAAUUUGCAGAAGUUGUGGAUUUCGGUCAUUGCAUCAGUCGGCGUUGGGUACCAUGAUAGCAAAUGUAUAUAUAUUUGAACGGGCCAGAUAGGCUACGGAAGCCUCUCCGCUCAUAGUUUCUUGUUACUUUGUGAUGCUCCUCAGACAAAUGUACAAUAUCGUCGGCAAAGUAACAAGGUGUUGCCGGUCACAUUUAGCUAUUGGAUACUACAGUAGAUCAAAUGUCAAGGGAGCUUAGGGGGGCUUGUUUAGUCG